AUGCAAUUGUGUGAUCAAAUUGAUCCAGACAUGAGCGAUAAAACGAAAUUAACAUUUCUUACUCCUAGUUUAAGACCAAGUUUAAGGAAAAAAAUAAUAGAGAAAAAUCCAAAAACAUCAGAAGAAUUUCUUAAAAUUGCGGAAGAAGCUGAAGCUACCCAAGGAGAAAAAAAAUAUCGGCUAUCGGGCGAACUAGCUAGCUAA